CCUCCCCCACCCACUUUAUUAACGUGUAAUAGAUAAAGACGCUCCCUAGCCUUGGCCUGACGCUCCCGCUAUCAUCUCUCUUCUGUAUUCUUCUCCUUCUCCUUCGCCAUCAUCUUCUUCUUCUGCAGAGCUUCUUUCUCAUCUAAGCACUCACAGGCAUGGCAUCCUCUGACAAGCCGGAGAUUGUCGAUCGGGACGUGAAGGACAAGGACAAAGAUGGGGAGAAAGAGGAAGGGCAGGGUGGGUUCAUCGACAAGGUGAAGGACUUCAUCCACGACAUUGGCGAGAAGAUCGAGGAGGCUAUCGGGUUUGGGAAGCCCACUGCAGAUGUCACCGGGAUCCACCUUCCCUGCAUCAAUCUCGACAAGGCCGAUAUAGUCAUUGAUGUACUCAUCAAGAACCCCAACCCUGUCCCCAUCCCCCUGAUUGAUAUCAACUACUUGAUCGAGAGUGACGGGAGAAAGUUAGUUUCGGGACUGAUUCCCGAUGCUGGGACGAUUCACGCGCGCGGAGAGGAGACGGUGAAAAUACCGAUGACCCUGAUUUAUGAUGAUAUCAAGAACACUUAUGAUGAUAUCAAGCCUGGGAGUAUCGUUCCUUACAGGAUCAAGGUCGAUCUAAUCGUGGAUGUUCCCGUGUUUGGGAGGCUAACUUUGCCGCUUGAGAAGACUGGAGAGAUCCCGAUCCCUUACAAGCCUGAUAUUGAUCUUGAGAGGAUCCGUUUCCAGAGGUUCUCGUUUGAGGAGACUGUUGCUAUCCUUCACCUGAAGCUGGAGAACAAGAACGACUUCGACUUGGGCCUGAACACACUGGACUAUGAGAUCUGGUUGGCUGAUGUCAGCAUUGGCGGGGCAGAGCUCCAGAAAUCUGAGAAAAUUGAGAAGAACGGAAUUGAUUACAUAGAUAUCCCAAUCACUUUCCGGCCCAAGGAUUUUGGGUCUGCUCUUUGGGAUAUGAUUCGAGGGAAGGGGACGGGUUACACAAUGAAGGGAAAUAUUAAUGUGGACACGCCCUUUGGAGCGAUGAAGUUGCCGAUUAGCAAAGAGGGAGGAACUACUCGCCUAAAGAAGGAGGAUGAUGAUGACGACGACGACGACGAGGAGUAAUCAGUGAGCAUCGGCCGGAGUUGCUUCAAGACAUUCAGUUCCAUUUAUCUAUUUGUAGUCUUUAAUGAAUAAGAACAUACUGGGCGGUUUUUGAUCUCUGGCAUGUGAACUUUGGAGAAUUUGGUGUGUGUGCCAAUUAUAUCUGUGUGAUGAUCUCCCCUUGUCAUAGCGAGCUCGGGUAUUCUGGCCAUCAAGAGUUGGAAUCGCGUAUAUUUGUCCUAGAACUCUGAUGAUCCAGCACCGCCGUUGUAGACAUCUUCUCCAUCAUUGGUUUGUUCAAUAUGUCUAUGAUAUAUUUAUAAGGGACUCUUUGAUAGGCAGAUACAUAUUUAUUAUC